AGCCGCCAGCCGCAAGGCAGCCAGGGAGAGGAAGCCCGCGGCGCCGCGUCAGGCCGCCAGCGCCAGUCGCCUCGCCGUCGCCGGUCGGCGGUCGCCCUGCGCCCGCCCGGCGCCCGACCGCCCGUCGUCCUCCGGCCCGCCCCGUCGCCCGUCGGCCAUCGCCCCGCCCCCUUGCGCGCGGCGGCGCGGCCCGCCGUGCACUCGCUGACUCGCGAUUUCGCGCCGUGCCGCCGCCCGUCCGGUCGUCCCGGCAUCCCGUCUCGUCGCCUCCCUAGUCCGGCGACACGCCGACGCCAGAAUGCCACGCCACGGCGCCGCACCAGCCCGCCACCGCCACUGGACGCCAGCGCGCUGAAGUUGAAAACCUGGGCCUGCCGGCGACUGUGCGGCAGCAGUGAAGGAAAAGAAGUGGGGCGUGGGGUGGAAGCGGCGAAGGCGGGGGGCGGCAUCGGCGAAGGCGGGGGGCGGCAUCGGCGAAGGCGAGGUGCGACAGCGUCGGAGGCUGGGUACAGCAGCGAUGGAGGGGGGGGGGGGGUGCGGUAGCAGUGGUUUGUCCUGGUACUCUGCCGUCGAGAUCUACAGUCUGCCUGCCUCCGGCGUGGCUCGCCUAUCGACGAGCUCCAUUGGCUUCCCUUGGAGUUCAACCAUUGAAGAGCUCCACUGAUUGGCCUGAUGGAUAGACGAUGGAUACAUGGUGCACUUUUCACACCAGAUUAUAUUGAUGGUGUUCGAAAUUUCAUGAAAUUUGUUGAAGAGCGAUUUCCUGGGGAUGCUGCAAUUUUGUGUCCAUGUAGUCGGUGUAUUAACCAGAAAUCCAUGGCUCAAAGAGAUGUGGAGAGGCACAUAUUGCUCAAUGGGAUGUCUAGUACAUAUACAAGAUGGAUUCAUCAUGGAGAGGCCAAUGAUGUUCAUGUUUUGGAGGAACCAGUAGAUGUGGAUCCACAUUCUAAUCCUAUAGAACAUGAAAACAAUGCUGCAGAUAGAGUUGAAGAUAUCUUAACAGACCUCAUGGGGGCUCAAGUACCUUGUAAUAAUGCAGCAAAUGGAGAUGGCAACCCAUCUAGUAACCAUGAGUCUGUUUUCAAAACUCUGAUGGAAGAGGCAAAGCAUGAGCUAUAUCCUGGUUGCACUCAAUUUUCAAGGUUUUCAUUUGUAGUCAAGAUGCUCCAUUUGAAGUCAUACUACAGGAUCAGCAACUCAGCAUUUUCUGCACAGUUGAAAGUCUUGCGCAAAGCGUUCCCAGAGAACAAUUGUCUUCCCAAUUCAUAUGAAGAAGCAAAGAAAAUGCUGCGUACUUUAGGACUGGGUUAUGUGUCAAUACAUGUUUGCCCAAACAAUUGCGUGCUAUUUAGAAAGGAGUAUGCAGAACUUGAUACUUGUCCAGUUUGUCAAGCAUCAAGAUGGAAAGAUCCUGUGAAUAAGAAGGUUCCAGAAAAAGUAUUGCGGCAUUUUCCGUUGAUACCUAGGCUUCAACGAAUAUUUGCUACCAAGAAAACAGCAGAGGAAGCACAAUGGCAUAAGUUGAAUAGGGAACCCAAAGAGAAGGAAAUGUCCCAUCCUGCAGAUGGAGAGGCAUGGAAAGAUUUUGACAAAUGCUGGCCAGAUUUUGCUGAAGAUGCAAGGAACCUUAGGCUUGGCCUGGCUACAGACGGUUUCAAUCCGUUUGGCAAUAUGAGAUCAUCUUAUAGUAUGUGGCCUAUUUUUGUGAUUCCAUACAACUUUCCACCUUGGUCAUGUAUGCAAGAAUCAAACUUCAUGAUGGCUUUGUUGAUUCCUGGUCCUAGAUCGCCUGGGAAGAAGCACUUUGAUGUUUUUCUCCAGCCUCUUAUAGAGGAGUUACUUAGUCUUUGGUCUGGUGUUGAUACAGUUGAUGCUCUGACAGGAAAAGAUUUCAAGCUUCGUGCUGCCGUGUUGUGGUGCAUUCAUGACUAUCCAGCACUUAGUACUUUGUCUGGUCGGACCACACAAGGUUUCUUUGCUUGUCUCCAUUGUGACAAAAAUCCUCUAUCAUAUUCCAUAAGGAACAAGCUUUGUUAUAUUGGUCACUGUCGGUUCCUUCCUAGGCGUCAUCGUCUGCGCACGAAUAAUGAAUAUGCCUCUCUACAUGAAAGCAAAGAGAAGCCAGGUACAUUCACAACUGAAGAGCUGUUAGAAGAAUUGGCCAAGGUAAAUGAUGUUAGACCAGGUCAAAAAAGGAAGCGUUCAGAGGGACAUGUGCCAAUUUGGGGUAGGAGGGUUAGUUUGUGGGAUUUACCAUAUUGGCCAUCUUUGAAGCUUAGACACAAUCUAGAUGUGAUGCACAUUGAAAAGAAUAUUUGUGAAAACCUCCUUGGUACCCUUCUUGGCAUACAUGGGAAGUCAAAAGACAAUGUUAAUGCAAGGCUUGAUCUUGCUGAUUUGAAUAUUAAACCAGAAUUGCAGUUGCAGCCAAAUGGAGAUGAUUAUCACAUGCCUGAAGCUAGAUACACAUUGUCUAGGGAAAAAAAGAUUAAAUUCUGUAAAUUUUUGAAAGAAACAAAGUUCCCAGAUAGCUAUGCUGCAAAUAUCGAAAGAUGCAUAACUGCAGAGGGAACCAGCUUGCAUGGGCUUAAAACUCAUGACUGCCACAUUCUGUUGCAAAGGAUAUUACCUGCUGGUAUGAGAGGUAUUUUGGAUGAUGAUAUAUGUUUAGUGAUUGCCGAGCUUGGGAAAUUUUUUAGGGAAUUGUGCAGCCAAACACUCAACAAAGAUAUCUUGGUUCGAAUGAAGACAGAAAUACCAGCUAUACUAUGCAAGCUUGAAAAACUAUUUCCACCCGCUUUUUUUGAUGUAAUGGUUCACCUUGCUGUCCAUUUGCCUGACGAGGCAAUGCUUCGAGGGCCAGUGCAAUUUGGGUGGAUGUAUCCUGUUGAGCGACGAUUGUACACUUUGAAGAGGUCGGUUAGGAAUAAGGCACGACCGGAAGGCUCGAUUGCUGAGGCUUAUGUUGCAGAUGAAGCCCUCACAUUCUGCUCUAGGUAUAUGGAGGAUGUGGAGACUAGGUUUAACCGAGCACCGAGAAAUCCAGGAUUCUCAGAUCCAUCGGCCUUCAAUAUUGAUGUUUUUGGGCACGGUGUUAAUCUGAUUGGUGCAUGUGACUAUGGUUACUCUGAAGAUUUUGAUCAAAUGGUUUGGUAUAUCCUAUAUAAUUGCGAUCAGGCCCAGGAUUAUAUAAAAAUGUUUCAAGGCGAAUUACAGGAAGCAGGGGUGCAAGCAGCUGAUAUUGAUAGAAGGACUAGGCUUGGAUUUGCUACUUGGUUCAGGAACCAUAUGUGGAGGUUGAACAAUUCAGAUAUUGUAGAUGAUGACCUGUUUGCCUUAGCAUGUGGCCCUGACCUGAGAGUAAGAUCUUACUCUUCAUGUGUUGUCAAUGGUGUCCGGUUCUGUACUGCUGAGCGUGACAUAAAUAAGAAGACUCAAAACUCUGGAGUGGCGUGUGCUGGAAUACAUAAUGGUCGGGUAAUUGAUUACUUUGGAAAGUUGACAGAUAUUAUUGAGUUGCAGUACAACAGCAAGGAUGAUGGGAAUACAAGAACGGUGGUUCUUUUUAGAUGUGAAUGGUACAAGCUAGAUGGCAAGAAGACUGCACUAAAAGAUGAUGGUUUUUUUAGAAGCGUCAAUACUGGAAGCUUUUGGUACAAGAAAGAUUGUUUCAUACUAGCGACUCAAGCUAAACAGAUUUUCUACCUGCCAGAUAAUAAGCAUGGCGAAAAUUGGCAGCUUGUCCAAAUGUUUAAGCAUCGGCAUUUAUACAAUGUUGAUGAACAAAAUGCACCUAGUGCAUCUCCGUAUCAACAGACACAGUGCAUUGAGGAAGAUGGGAGAAGACCAGAGGUAGAUGAGAAUUUAUCUGACCUGCCUUUGAACCGAGAUGAUGAAGCUCGCCAGGUUGUUGAUGCUUCUGAAGUUGCUCGACUUAUGAAGCAAAAUCGACCUGCUGAAGAUGGUGAAUCGUCUGGUGAUGAGAUAGAGGACGACACGGCUGUGGAAUAUUGGAGUGAAGGUGAAGUUGCCCCAGUUGAGGUAGAUAGCGAUGAUGAGUAGUUCCUGUUGUGACAUGUGUAUGUGAUGCCCCUAUUGGCAUUUUAUGAACUUAUGUUUGUCAACUUAAGUCAGUGCGACAAGUAUUGUCUUUGUGAGCUGAGAUCUUUUGUGACAUCCUGUCCAAAUUGUGUGAAUUAUAUAUUCUGUCAGCAUGUGAAAGGCCAUCAUGCCUAUAUACUUCUACCAUUGAACUGUCUAUGUGCUUGUCAACAUGUGAAAGAUGGCAUACAUGCUCAGCUUAGCUCA